UCGACGCACGUGGGUGCGCAAAGCCAGGCCUUUCAAACCCGUCCAGGUCUUUAGCGGAUUUCUUAGACCUGCACUUACAUAUAUGUUUGUUAAAUACGAUUCAGUUUUGUUAGUUACUGAAGAACCCCUAGGGUAGUACACGAGCAUGGCCGCGUCAGUGAAAGACGUACUGACUCUAAUAGCUCAGAUCAUACUGAGUUAUUUUGAAGUCGUAUUUCGCCUGGUGUUCAAACCGGCCAAGCGAUCCGUAGAGAGGGACAUCAUCCUAGUGACUGGGGCAGGCCACGGGAUUGGCCGGGAGAUCGCCUUGGCUUUCGGUCGACUCGGGGCCAAGAUCGUGGUGUGGGAUAUAAACAAGGAGGCCAACCAGGCAACGGCAGACCAGAUAUUCAACACUGGGGGCGAAGCCACGGCUUAUGAGUGUGACGUCACUGACCCGGAAGCAGUUCGACGAGUGGGAGAGCUCGUGAGGAAAGACGUGGGUGACGUCACUAUUUUGGUGAACAAUGCCGGCAUCCUUCAUGGCGGAGCGCUGUUGGAUUUGGAAGACAGCCAGAUUAAAAAGACGUUUGCUGUCAACACUUUAGCGCAUUUCUGGACCGUGAGAGAGUUUUUACCCGCAAUGGUGGAAAAUAACUACGGUCACGUGGUAACGAUUGCCUCCAUGGCGGCUAAGAUGGGUGUAGCCUACUUGACGGAUUAUUCGAGUUCCAAGUGGGCAGUGUAUGGUUUCACUGAGUCACUUCGGGACGAAGUGCGCCGAAUGGAGCGACCAGGGAUAAAGACGUCUAUUGUGUGCCCACACUUCGUAGAUACAGGCAUGACGAAAUUCCCAAAGCUUUCGAAAUUUGAACGGUUCUUGACCCCCGAGGAGACUGCGUCAGCUGUUGUGGAAGGAGUCCUGCGCCAGGAUGAGGUUAUAUACGUGCCGAGCUCUAAAACGCUCCUUGUCAUCCUGGAUAAAUUUCUAACACGAAAGGCUCAGCACCUAUUGUAUGCCUUCAUGGAUAUAGGGAUAGACCCACAAUACCGACCCACGGGCAGCAAAAAGGUAGAGUGAUGAAGCUGACAUCAUGUUACAACAGUCAUCCACAAAACAUCC